CGAGAACUUCAAAACACACACAAAAAAAAAACUAAGUAAAAAGAAGAAAAAGCCUUUCAGGUCUCAACAAUGGAGAUGAAGAAGAUCGCUUGCGGUGUGCUUUUCGCUGCUGCCUCCAUGACCGCCGUCAUGGCUAUUGAGGAAGCCGGAGCUCCGGCACCAGGACCCUCAUCCGCCGCCUCGGUUGCAUUGCCGGCUCUUGGCUCUUUGGUUGGGGCUUCCCUUGUGUCCUUAUUCAGCUACUACUUGCACUAAGCUAUGUCUUCAUUAUGUAAUAAUACUAUUUAUGUGAUCUUUUUCAUUUCCCACCUAUUUACAUUUCACUUGUUUAUUAAUAAAACUGAGAAAAUAAUUCAAGAAUAAAUUUUCUCUUUUUCAGUUUUUUUUUUUCA